CUCAGAAAGUUGGGACGCACCAGUGGCGGACUGACCAUUUGGAAACUCGGGCACUACCCGAGGGCCCGGGGUCAGUAGGGGGCCCCAUGAGAUGCCCCUGGUACCUUUUUCAUAGGUUUUUUUGAGUUUGGGCAAGGACACAGGGGCCCCAUGAUCCCCUAUUGCCCAGGGGCCCCAUGAGUUGUCAGUCUGCCCCUGGAAGGUACAGCUUUUUUGAGUGUGGGCAAGGACACAGGUGCCUCAUGAUCCCCUAUUGCCCGAGGGCCCGGGGUCAGUAUGGGGCCCCAGGAAAUGCCCCUAGUGCCUUUUUCAUAGGCUUUUUUGAGUUUGGGCAAGGACACAGGGGCCUCAUGAUCCCUUAUUGCCCGGGGGCCCCA